AUGAGGAGAAAAACCGGAAAAAAAAUAGGGCGAAAAGGACAAAAACAGAUUGGCCAAGGAAUGGGUGAGAAAAACAAAGGUAAAACCAAGGAAAAUGUUUCGAAACAGAGGCAAAAAAUGGAAAAAUUGAUGGGAAAUGGAGCAGAUAAGAGAGCAAGACAAGAUAACGAAAAUGACGAAAAUGCUGGAAAAGAUACAGCAGGAAGGGCGAAAGCCUUAGCCCUAACUGCUGGAGGAAUUACAUUUGGGGUUCAGAAACUGUUGGGAACAAGUGAAGAUGCGAGAACUGUUGGUUCCAACGAUCCACACCAGAAGCAAAUCAUCGCCAACAUAAGAUUCUUGAAGGAUAGCAGAGAAGUCGAAAGCAUCCCUCCACUUAACGCACUAAUAUUACAAGAACAUGCUCCAAGCAGGAAAUCUGCAACUAAAGUAUUACGUAAAGAAACUCAAAAUCUGCCAGAACAAACCAUUAAUGCACCUAAACUGCAAUCCAAAACUGAAAUUUCUCGGCAGCAAGAGGUGUCGGAAAACAUCGAAAUUAUGCCCCAGCAAAAAAUCAAAAUAUCGAGGAUGCUUAAAGAGGACGGAAUUAAGUCGAAAAAAAUGAAACGUGCUGCAGUAAUGGAACAAUCUAAAAUGAUGAAUUUAACAGCAUUAGCUCACAUAAAAGGUGUAUUCUUUAAGAAAAAUCGAUUCGGUGCUAAGUUUUUUGCACCAAAUGAUCAACUUACUCCAGAUGAAAGUGAACUAGUAGAACACUCAGAUGAAUCGGAGGAGGAAGAAUAA